UCUAAAGAUGUGAAUAACAACACGUAUUCAACAAAAUUUACAUCUCAAUCAUUUUCGCAUCUCUUGGAUAACUAUUCAAAGAAUAGUCUCGAUAUUUACCACAAGAGAAACUUUAGCGACCAUUUGGUAUACAUAUUCACUUCGGGCACAACCGGUGGUAAAGUGAAGGCCGCCAUUGAAACUGACGCCCGGAUGUUGUUGGGCGCGAGUGGCCAUCACAUCGGCUAUAAGCUGAGGAAGAAUGACAACAUAUACGUGCCGUUACCCUUAUAUCACGCUUUCGCUGGGGUCUUAAUAACAGGCACAUGUCUUAUAAAUGGCGUUACUUUAAGUAUUUCUGAAAGAUUCUCUGCCAGCAAUUUUUGGGCCGAUUGUAUCAAAUACAACUGCACUAUUGGUUUAUAUAUCGGCGAAACGUGUAGGUAUUUGUUGUCUCAAACACCCAAACCAGAGGACACUAAGCAUCAGAUCAGAGCCAUGUGUGGCAUAGGGUUGAGAAAAGCCUAUUGGAAUCAAUUCAAGACCCGAUUCGCUAUCAAACAUAUCUUUGAGUUUUACGGCGCCUCCGAAGCCAAUGUCUAUUUGGUUAACCUCAACGAUAAAGAGGGCUCAUGUGGUUUUAUACCAUGGUAUUACGGGAUAUUCCUUCGGCUCAUAUACUCGGAUCCAAUGAGUUUAGAGCCGGUGCGCAACCGGAAAGGUCUGUGCAAAAUGAUCAGACCGGGUGAAAUCGGGGUCAUUGUUGGCGUUCACAACAAGAUUAGUCCACUUCACGAGUUUAAAGGAUAUACUGAUAGCGGAGAGACUAACAAGAAGUGGAUCUUUAAUAUUAGAUCUAAGGGUGACUCCGGUUUUAUGUCCGGCGAUCUAGUUGAGAUGGACAAGUUUGGAUACAUGUACUUCAAGGACAGAUGUGGCGACACUUUUAGAUUUAAAGGAGAAAACGUGUCGACAACAGAUGUGGAGGCAGUGAUUCAAAGCACUCUUAACCAUAAAGACUGCACUGUUUUCGGCGUAACAGUCGGUCAGAGCGAAGGAAAGGCAGGAAUGGCUGUAAUUAACGCCAAUUCAGAUGAAAUUGAUUUACAAGAAUUGGCGCAACAGUUGUCGAAAAGGUUGCCCUCGUAUGCGAUCCCUUUGUUUAUUAAACUGACCGCCGAUAUAGAGGUUACGGGAACUUUCAAACUCAUUAAAUAUAAACUUCAAAACAUGGGAUUCACGCCUCAAUCCAACGAUGAUUUCAUCGCUGUUUACGACAAAAAUAUCAAUUCAUAUAAACGGAUGACAAAUGAAAUCUACGAAUCCAUAAUAUCGGGAGAAUUGACAUUU